AGCUGCUGCUUAGCGAGCCUAGCUGUGCUGCUGAGCAAUGACAUGCUUUGAUAUAGAAAUGCUAUUCCAACGGGGCACACAGUGUCUCAUCAGCUAGGCUAGCUCCUUGGAGUGGGGGGGGAAAUAGCUGGCUGCUUGCUAGGAAUCUGGAUAUCACUUGUGUGUAUUAACUCCCAGUUUGUGUGACGCUUACACACGUGAAAUACAUCCUUAAAGGGGGAGAAGAAAAGGUGGCUAUCAGCAAGCAGGUCAACAGUGAAGUAUCAGAGCCCUUGAAGUUCUCAGCUUUGAUGCAGUACAGUGCUCCGAGUGCAAGAUGACGGAAGAGGUGAUUGUCAUCGCCAAGUUUGACUACAUGGCCCAGCAGGACCAGGAGCUGGACAUCAAGAAAAAUGAGCGCCUCUGGCUCCUUGACGACUCCAAGUCCUGGUGGAGGGUUCGAAAUGCCACCAACAAAACAGGCUUUGUGCCGUCCAACUAUGUGGAGAGGAAAAACAGUGCCAGGAAAGCUUCUAUUGUUAAGAAUCUCAAAGACACACUUGGAAUUGGGAAGGUGAAGAGCAGAAAGGGGGGCGGGAUGAGAGACACGGCCUCCAACGCCGACUCAGACAUGUAUGCAGAUAAUGGCGAGCGGCUGUACGACCUCAACCUGCCCGCCCUCGUCAAAUUCAGCUACGCAGCAGAGCGCGAAGAUGAGCUGUCGCUGGUUAAAGGCACACGGGUGGUGGUGAUGGAGAAAUGCAGCGACGGCUGGUGGCGCGGCAGCUACAACGGACGCUCUGGCUGGUUUCCGUCCAACUACGUGACAGAAGAUGUGGAUGGGACGGCAGGGGGAGGGGGAACAGGCGGGGGAGCGGACCCACCUGGAUCACUAACAGAGAAGCUGGCGGCUGUGAUGAACAGCACCACGAACGGGAACAGAGUGCUGCACACAGUCCAGGCGCUCUACCCCUUCAGCUCAGGCAACGACGAGGAGCUGAACUUUGAGAAAGGCGAGGUGAUGGAGGUUGUAGAGAAGCCAGAGAAUGACCCGGAGUGGUGGAAGUGCCGCAAAGCGGAUGGACAGCUGGGCUUGGUGCCCAAGAACUACGUCAAUGUGCUGGACUCCACCUCCCAUAAACCCACAGCGGGGCCUGCUGGGCCGCCCACACCUGACUGUGAUUACAUCUCACCUUCAGGCAGCGGGCGCUUUGCAGGGAAGGAGUGGUACUAUGGGAAGGUGACGCGCCACCAGGCAGAGGUGGCCCUCAACCAGAGAGGCGUAGAAGGAGACUUCCUCAUCAGAGACAGCGAGUCAUCGCCAAACGACUUCUCCAUCUCCCUGAAGGCGCAGAGCAAGAACAAGCAUUUCAAAGUGCAGCUGAAGGAAAGCCUUUACUGCAUUGGACAGCGCAAGUUCAACUCUAUGGAAGAGCUUGUUGAACACUACAAAAAGGCCCCCAUCUUCACCAGUGAGCAGGGAGACAAACUGUACCUGAUCAAGGCCCUGGCCGCCUCCUGAUCCCCCUGUUGCACACUUUCACACACACACACACACACACACACACCCACACCCACACUCACCCUCACCCACACAUUCUAAACUGCAUCCAUAUACAAUAUAUACAUACAGAUACUUACAUCAGAACACACACUAACAUUUAAACUCAAAGCCUGAGGACUUAACACAUCAUCAGGACUUAAAUGCCCGCUUUGUGAGCAUUCCAAGAGGAGGUGUGGAAAAAGCACGGGAGAGACAUGGAGGAACAGAGGGGGGAGACAAAUAGACUAUGGACUCCUGAGAGUUGACUACAGACCUCUUGGUCACCUAUUUAAAAUUAUCCAGAUGUGUUAGCUCAUAGGCGAUGCCAUGUAUUUCCACCUUGAUACUAUUAGAUUUGCAUUUAGUUUUCUUUUUUUUUCUGUUGUUGAUAAUAUAUAAUCUUUUUAACAGUUUCUUUUUAAAAUGUGAUGAUUUUUAACUGUAUCCAAUACACAACAACCACCCAUAUGAGGCAUUUCUCAGAUUCUAGAGGCUGGAGUUCUACAUUUCAACUCAUUUUUGUGUUGUCUGUCUUAACUCUUUCUUUAUGGUUGUGUGGACGCGCUAAUCCACAAACUCCUGCUAACUGCUAAUCAUGAAUAAAAAAUUAAGUGACCAAAAUAUAUUUAUUGAUACAAUUCUGUUAGGAUCAUGGUUGUAGAGAUUGGAUAUCACACUGUGUAUCUGUUUGUUUGAGGAUACUUGGUCAAACCAGACAUUUGUUUUUGUUCAACAGAACUGCUUGUCUCACAUAUUGCUGUAUCCAUAUCAUGUGAAUGUUACAAAGCCGGGGCACCACACACUGUGGGGGGCUCAAAAUGCCAUGACUUUGCACGCAUGCAUGCAAACGAAACAGAAUAGUGUUCAGCAUCCUCACACCUUCACUCUUUUGAGAGAAAUUGACAGUCCAUGGAGAGUUUAUCCUGGCAUUUGAAGGCCGUGGCGAAGAGUCAAAAAGUGUUUUCCCCCUCAUAGUCUGGAGACAGACAGCUGGCGUGUCUUCCCAGUGUUGCCAAAGGGGACUUUUCUCUUGAGGAAGGAGGGCAGUGGAGCUGACACACUGCGGCUUCCAAUCACCCGCCAGUUCUGUGGAGCUGAGAGGGGAAAUGGAGGGGCAGUCCAGAGGAUGAUGUCACUGCUCUUGAAUUAGCGAUCGCUGAAGGGAAUGGAGAAGCUAGGGUCACCCAGGGGUCAUGUUUGGGCGGUUGCAUAGCAUAUACAUCAAGCAUGGAGCACGCCUUCUUCCUCACAAUGGAUUAGUACUAGUGAAAGAAAUUCUUUCUAUUUCGUGACAUUUAUGCAUUCAUUUCUGUGACUUAUUCGUCAGAAAGCAAGCUUAAGUGUUGGUUAGGUCUCCUAGUUUUGUGUUUUCCAUAUUUAUGGCCGACGUCAAGUUAGAAUACAGUGCAACACAUGGUUUAUAUUUACAGUAAAUGUCUCUAGUGAAUGGGUUAUUUGUCGAGUGAGAAUGGACCAAGUAGUUGUUUGGAUCUGAACGUGAAGGGCAGCAACAAGAGUAGCAGCGCCUGCAAUCAAGCUGCAGCGGCGUUGGCAGGGAGCCGCUCCAGCAGCGGGCUUAGGGAGAUGAUUACGAUUCCUGCGAUGAUGAGUUCUCCAGCUGUGGCCAGUUGGACCUGAGCACACAGAGAGAGCCAGAGAGAGAGAGCGAGAGAGAGAGAGAGAGUAGAAGAGGGAUUUCACAGUGGAGGAAUGGAAAAAUGGACCCUAAAAAACAAAGCAAUGAAUUAGGAUCUUGGGAGGAGACUUGGGGAGAAUCUAUUCCGCUGGAUCUGGAGUAUCUGGAAUACCGCUCCCAGUCAUAUUUGGGUGGGGAUAUGAACACAGGCCAAUGCUGAUGUAUCACAGCGCAGAAGAAAAGCUUUUUGGGAGGUCAAACCAAGCAUGAAAAAAUCAGUCAUGCCACAAAGAACACAAAACAUGGGUGUGAACCUUUUUCUUUUUCUUUUUUUUUAAUACCUUCUCUCCAUUCCCCAGGUGACUGACAGCUAUUCAUAAAAGAGCUGAGUGUAUUUUCUUUUGUUUUUUAGAGCCGAAAAAGAUUUAAUAUAAACAGUAAAACAUGAUUUAUGAUGGCAAGCUCUACUUUAAGUCCAAAAAACUUAAUUGAACUAUGAUUACACCUUGUGCAACCGUUUGUAUAUUAAAGAAAUAACAUUCCAGGAUGAAAGGUCAGGGUGUCAGCAGGAUUGGAAAUGUUUUGAUUUAACACACACACACACACACACACACCUGCUUUUUAAAGUGUAAAUCACAGUAUUGUUCAUAAUUAUUUUAAAGUGGUUUUUGUUCAUUUUGGGUCCCAAAUCUAUACAAAGAUUAGUUUCAAUUUUUUACCCAUAAUUCAACCAUAUUUGUGCCUGUGUUCUUUUCACUUUUGGUUUCUGUAUCUGUCAUCCAAGGGUUACAGGAUUUAUGUUACAUGUCAUUUUAUUGCACCUGAUCCCUGACUGUUGUCUUGGUGCCACGUCACAGACACUUUAAGCGAGAUAGUGUUUUGCUUACGGUCAUAACCAAAUGCCAUCAGCAACACACCUUUUUUUUCUUUUUUUUUUUAAAAUUUCCUCCCCCAACUUCCAGUUCUGCAGCAUUUUCAAUAUUACGCAGCAUUAAAGUGACAAACGCCAACGCAACGUGCCCCAGUUCAAAGGAUUUAAGAGGAGAUUUUAAUGUGCCUUCACAGCUUUCUGUCAACCAAAGGUUUAGAGUCCUCUUCUUUCUUUUUCUUUUCCUCAACCCCUUCUUCCCACUUCUCUUCUCACCGCUGUGUGCUAUUUGGUUGAAGCUUUGCAUGUGCGUCAGUUGAGUGUGAUUAGUGAGCAAUGUGCUGGGGGUGUCUGAAAACAUCCUUAUAGGGAAGGGUAUUUCCUCAUUGAACGCUCACUUUGUUAAUGUAGGCUGAAAAUGUCAAUGUCACGUUUUUUUAUUUUAUUUUUUGUCAUGCAUAAAAUGCCCAUUAGUUGAUAUUGUGUGUAGUAUCAAGUGACCUUACCAUAGCUGAUUUCAUCAAGUAUAACUCCUUAAGUGAACAUUGAAUGCCUAAAUGUACAAUAUAAAAAAUAUGUGCUGAUGUUCAUUCAGAAACAUAAUCCCAGGUGUGAUGUAAUCAUGACCUGAAUCUCAUGUAUGAGCACCUCAAAGUAACGGUAUCACAUAUUGUUGGUUGUGAAGAAACUGUCAUGGUUUCCAAGGAAAUAGUUUUUUUUAAAUGUCUGUAUGUAUUUCAUAUAAGACUAGUGUAAGACAUUCACUUUUGCAGUUUAGCCACUUAAAUAUGUAAAAAAAAAAAUCUCAAUACUUAAAUGUUUUACUUGAUAUUCAAAUACAGAACUACAGUAUCUCCCUGCAUAGAUAUUGUUAUAAACUGGGAUCUUUUUUCAUUUUACACCAAUGGAGGCCGCAUGAGCAGAGCCUUGUAGAUGUACAGAAAGGGUUUUAAAUCAGCUUAAAAAGACAUUAAAGUCAAUUGAGGUAAAUAUUAUCAAGAGAUUGUUGAUCAAACUGUUUUUCAUGAACUACAGUGUGGCUGGAACUCUGUUUCCUGACUGCUAAACAAGACUGAGAUAAUCUAAAAUCUACGAUUUCUUGAUAAUAUUCAGAUCAAAUGACCCGUGUUAACUUUGGUGCUUUUGUGCUGCUUACAUUUCUAUGGUGUUCUUUGUCUCACAAAGCUUUUUUUCUGUAUGAGAGAGAGAGAAAGAGAGAGAGAGAGUGAAGAAAACAGAUCCAUGCUGUGGAAUGAUAAAAGGCAGUGCUGUGAAAUUUAAUGUCAUGCUCUUAAUACUGUUUUUACGGAGGGGAGAUCGUCUUCAGGUGUAAUAAUUUAGAAGAGUUUAUUAGAGUGUUCAAAAGACGUAAUAAACGACAUAAAAAAUGA